AUGACGACCGCGUCCCACUCGCAGGGGCGCCAGCACUACCGCCAGCACUACCACCAGCACUCGGAGGCCGCCGUCAACCACCAGAUCAACCUGGAGCUAUAUGCCUCCUAUGUCUACCUGUCCGUGUCGUAUUAUUUUGACCGCAAUGACGUGACUUUGAAGAACUCUGCCAAAUACUUUCUUCAUCAAGCUCGUGAGGAGAGGGAACAUGCUGAGAAACUGAUGAAUCAGCUGCAUAACCAACAGGGUGGCCGAAUCUUCCUUCAGGAUAUCAAGAAACCAGACCAUGAUGACUGGGAGAAUGGGCUGAAUGCAAUGGAAUGUGCGCUACGCUUGGAAAAAAGUGUGAAUCAGUCACUACUGGAACUGCACAAACUGGUCACUGACAAAAAUGACCCCAAUUUGUGUGACUUCAUUGAGACUCAUGACCUGAAUGAGCAGGUGAAAUCCAUCAAAGAACUGGGUGACCACAUAACCAACUUGCCCAAGAUGGGGGCCCCCGAAUCUCUUUGA